AUGUGGCACAAAGCACGUGGUCCAGCACGGUUGGCACGGACCUUGGCAACGACGACGACGCCGGCGACGACGCUCGCGAGCCGCAGCGUCCUGCAGCACCUCGUGUGCCCCAUCUCCAAGCUGCCGCUCGAGCACCUCGAGGCUCAAGGCAUCCUCUUCUGCCGCGAGAUCCGCGUGGCGUACCCGAUCCGCCAUGGCAUCCCGAUCCUUGUGCCCACCGAAGGCCGCAUCGUGCCCGAAGACGAGCCGGUGCCCUCGCUCGCCUAG